AUGCUUUGGGGGUGUUUCAGUGCUCAGAGCGUUGGUGAACUCGUGGUGCUUCCCAAAAACCAGCCAGUAUAUGAACCAGUAUAAUUAACUGGAGUUAUUGUGUGACAAUUUACCUGAGGCGUUUAAGAUGUGUGGGGAUACGGUUUUUAUGCAGGACGGUGCACCAUGUCAUACCUCCAAAUCUGUAGUUCACUGGCUUCAGGACUGUGAAGUGAGCCUCUUUAAUGACUGGCCAGGCAGUUCCCCAGACCUAAAACUUAUUGAGAACCACUGGUCAAUAGUGAAACGAAAUUUACUGGGCAAGGAUAUCCUUCGGCUGGAGGCUGCUCUACAUGAUGCAUGGAAUAUACCUCCCCAAACCCUUAAGAAUUUGUGUGAGAGUCUUCCUACACGGCUGAGGGACGUGAUUUAAGCGUAAAGGACGCAGCAUCAAGUAUUAAAACCUCAUUGAACGCUACUGCUGCCCCAGGUGAAAGUGAUCUCGUCCCCAGCUUCUCUAUUGACUCACCCAGGCGGUGGUUUCGUCCCCAGCUGCUCAACAAAACAGAGGCUCGUCCCCAGCUGCUCUGUAAGACAGGUGGCAGGUUUGUCCCCAGCUUCUCUGAUCAGCUGAUGGAAAUUUUUCCGUGAGUGUGUAGUGUGAGGGCAGUGUGUGUGUGUCUGUGUUGGAGACAAGAGGUACAGCAGCCAUCAACUACUCCACCUCACCGACCACUUCACCUCAACAACCAUGAACGGAGUAAAUGGAGUCAAGAAUAUCAUGGCCAAUGGGAGAGGUGUUGUGGUGAGGCUACCCAGGUACACCAGGCUGGCAGAGCAACGCCAGGGCUACGGUACUGCUUCCUCCAUCCUGCACAGACUACCUUCCAAGGAAGAGUGUCGUGAAAUAUGGAGGUCGGCAGAUGCUGUGUGUUUUGAUGUCGACUCCACUGUCAUUGUGGAUGAAGCUGACCAGCUGGCUAGUUUUUGUGGUAAAGCUGCUGCUGUUAAGAAAUUGACCGUGGAAGCUAUGCAAGGAGGAAUAGAAUUUCGGACAGCCUUGAGGACCAGACUUGAUCUGCUACAACCAAGGCUGGAAACAAUUCAGAAAUUCACCAGAGCUAAUCCUCCAAUUCUCACCAAGAAUAUUGAUCGAUUGGUUGAUGCUUUGCAAGAGCGUGGAGUAGAUGUUUACCUUGUAUCUGGCGGAUUCCGGUCUCUUAUUGCACCAGUAGCGAAGAUGCUUAAUAUUCCAUUGGAAAAUAUCUUUGCGAAUCGACUUAAAUUCUAUUUUGAUGUGUGACACAUGAGUUGCUUCGAUGAAGCCUGAAAGGAAUCUACUCCACAGCACCCCAUGCUGGCCUGACUUGCCCUCAUAUAAAGGAUUCACUGAUACAAGAUGAUUUGCCUUCCUUUCCAAACUUCCUCCAUGAAGCAAUGCAAAAUACUUGAUUCUUGUUGUCUAGUCAUAGACAACAAUGUACACUAUCUUUUACAUGGUAAUAAAGUGGGUGCAGGAUUUUCUU